AAAAGAUCAGUCACGUUAGAAGAAAGUUCGUACAACAAAACAUCAGUUUUCUAACAAACGUUAGCAUUAUUCUACAUCGUGUACCUACUAAAAAAUCAUCGUAAAUUAAUUUUAAUCACGAGUUUUUCAAUUAUAAAAUAGGUAUCAAAUGUUCCCAAGUACGUAAGUCGUAAGCUUACUCAAACUUUAUUCGAUGAUCUAAGAUCUAACAAUAAUAAUUAAAAUACUUAGAACAGAUUCAUCAUUAUCUUUAAAGAUAAGACGUCACUCUAUUCUUAAUAAAACGGCUCACUGAUGCUGAACCUGCCUGUACUCUUUGAGACCGAGUGUUCCAAUUAACAUCACAGUGCUAAUACAUUUCGCUUAAAAUGAUUAACGCGACCGAAACGGUUUUAUCAAAUAUGGACAACGCGACCGAAAAUGCAUUUCUAUCAGCGACUUCGAAAUUCAAUUGGAUCGAGUAUACAACUUUCGGAUCACUGUUGGGUUUAUCCGCUUUGGUUGGAAUUUAUUACGGAUGUAUCAAAGGAAAUCAAAAUACCGUCAACGAAUACAUGUUGGGAGGCAAACAUAUGAAUGUUUUCCCCAUCGCCAUGUCUUUGAUAGCUAGUCAUAUUUCUGGUAUUACCUUGCUAGGAAUACCUUCGGAAAUUUACGAAUUUGGCGCUCAAUAUUUAGUAACUAUCUGUAGCAGUGUAUUAAUCGUGCUGAUCACCAAUACUUUUUAUUUGCCAGUUUUUUUUGAAUUACAACUCACUUCUUUAUACGAGUACUUGGAACUAAGGUUCUCGAAACCGGUUCGUUUACUGGGCUCGUUCAUUUUUUCAGUCAGUUUGAUUUUGUACGUGCCAAUUGUGAUCUACAUUCCUGCAUUAGCUUUUAAUCAAGUGACUGGAAUAUCUGUCCAUUCGAUCACUCCAAUAAUAUGCUUUUUAUGUAUUUUCUACACAACAAUUGGUGGUUUGAAAGCUGUCGUAUGGACAGACGCAAUUCAAAGUUUAUUUACUCUCGGAUCUGUGAUAAUAGUCAUAAUUUUAGGUGUAAGGAAUGUGGGAGGAAUUCAGGAAAUUUACGAACGCAAUGAAAAAGGAGGAAGAAUCGAUUUCUUCAACUUUGAUUUGAGCCCAUACUCGAGAGUGACAUUUUUAAACACGAUUUUUGGUAUGACUCUGAUGUGGGCAUCUUGUUUAACCAUUCAUCCUGGCUCAACACAAAGAUUUGUAGCUUUACCAACGAUGAAAGCUGCCAAAAGAUCUGUGGUGUGGUUCGGAGUCGGAGUCGUAUUGAUAGUACUGUUGAGCGGUUUCGUAGGCAUGAUUAUGUACGCAAAAUAUUGGAACUGCGAUCCUAUGGUGUCACAGAAUAUUACCAGCUCGGGGAAAAUACUGCCAUACUACGUUCAAGAAGUAGCAGCCUCGUUUCCUGGUCUGACAGGGUUGUUUAUUUCUGGUUUGAUCAGUGCUGCGUUGAGCACAAUGUCAGCUGGGUUGAACACAUUGGCUGGGAUAUUUUAUGAAGAUUUCAUAGUACUAUUUUUACCCCACAAAGUAUCUGACGCUACUGCCAGCUUUAUAAUGAAAAUUACAGUUGUAUUUUUUGGAUGCGUUUGCGUUUCAUUGGUUUAUGUAAUUGAGUUACUUGGAGCUACAAUAGUACAGCUUUCUAUGUGCUUAUCGAGUGCUCCUAAUGGUGCCCUAUGUGCAGUGUUCGUUUUAGGUAUUUUCUUUCCUUGGUCUAAUAAAACGGGAGCUGCUGUAGGGAUGAUCACAAGUUUAAUAAUAACCACUUGGAUAGUAACAGGGACUCAGCUAGCGUUAAAAAAUAAAGAAUUGGUGUACGAAGGAAAACCCUCGGAUACAAGCGGAUGCUUGAUGAAUAUCACUCAGUCGUCAUCUCAGAACUUCACAGGGUACGAAGAAAUCAGCCCAGGAGUUUUCGCCUCGCCAGAUCUAUUCUUUUUGUAUAAAUUCUCAUUUAUGAACUACACACCGAUUGGAUGUUUGAUUGGUGUCGUCGUCGGUCUCGUGGUCAGCUUUUGUACAGGGUGUAGUGAUCUGAACGAGAUGAACCCUUCUGUGAUUACUCCGAUGAUGAGGAGAUUUUUGCCAAAAAGUAACAACGAGAAUAAUAAAUACGCAUCUGUGGCGCAAGAAUUGAAAUUGACCUUUGUAGAAACCAAAUAAAUUACCUACUUGUUAUA